UGCGACUCCUGCGACUGACCUCUCUUUGCCGGAGAAAGCGUUGCAUUCUGGAAUAAGAACCAUCCUGGUUCCAUUAUUCGAUACGUUGAUUUCUUUACCUCACGCUCAGAGUUCGUCCGUCGAGUUAAUCUACAAGCCCCAUCAGGAUCAAGUCCAAGUCGGCAUCCAUAUGGGUAUGCUCUCAGCUGGGCUCCACAAGGAUCAGGCUCAGGACCAGGACCAGGACCAGGACCAAUGCAGGACCGGCCGCAAAAUCUCCAAGCAGGAAUUUUCGCAGCUGAUACGCCCAGAGAUCAAGACGCCGACAAUCCAGUCCAGGGAACAGGGCUCUGUUUCGAAAAUUGACAUCUCAGCCAGCUCAACUUCAAAGAAGCAAGGACCUGUCUGCUUGAUGACGCUGGAUGACCCAGGGGCCUCCAAUGCUCUAGAGACCGGAUUUGUAUUGAAUCCAUCCUCAUCGCCCCAGGAUGAUGACAGGCAGGUGUACCGUGUCGAGACACUGGCUGGCGGUUGGCAACGUCUGAUCCUCAAUUUGUCCAGCCUGGUUAAUUGCCAGGAUAUGCCUGGAGUUGCGGUGUCCCAGCUGGGGGUCACGGUAACGUACGAGCAGGAGGAGAGAACCGGUGAUCAAAAGAUGGAAUGGAAUCCGUUAGUGACUCUUGGAUCCUUGGCGGUGGUGCCAACUUGGAGUCUGUAUCGCAAGGGGUCAUGCGUCCAGGGUCUGCGGAGCGAGGAAAGUCGGUUCGUCUUUUUGGAACGACUGAUUCCAUGGAACGCGAGCAUACAAGGAGCCCUUCAAGGACAACCAGAACAGGGUGUGAUUGCAACAUUGGGCAAGGAUCACAAACAUUCCUGGAUCUCAGUAUCAUCGACGCUCACAUGGGAUAUAGGCUUUCCUAUUGCUCACCAAAGUGCCUCAUCUGCUGACCCAAUCUCCACAACCGAGUACAGCCAUUACUGCGUCUAUGUUUCUCUGGAAAAGAAGAAGCCAGAGUUGAGAAGCACCGAGACCGGCAAAGAUGGGGAGCCCAAAGAAGGAGCAGGACAUCUGAUGUUUGUUGGCACUGCCUUUACGACCCGCUAUCGGGUAUCAGAUUACGAAAUCACGCUAAAGCAUGUGCAUGUGCCUGAGACAAUGCUCAGCGAGGACGUCUCAAUCUCAGACGCAGAAGUCGCCCUGAGACAAACGGAUCAAGAGAUUUGGGCGUGGGUCCAGGGCAUUCGUAGAGAUGGACGGGCAGAUGAAAAGCAGGACUGGGGCAAAACUCGAUUGUUAUAAACGAGUGAGGAGCUAGAGUUAUCCUAGCUUUUUAUUUAUUCUCUUAUUUAUUUAGUAUUGUUAUAUACAUCAUUUACAAGGGUAUGGACGCUUUCCCAAGCGUUUUUGUUAUGUGGAAUAAAAAGAACUCCUUUUUUUUUUUUUUUAGACAAUGACCAAACUACGCCGAUCUUCUUGCAGGUUCAUGCCCCACUUGAAAGCGAGCGAAUCGCAGAUCAUGAUCCUAGGAUAGCGCUUUGUGGCACUCGUGGUAGCUUCACCAUCCAACGACAACGACGCA